UUGUCUUCCACUUGUCUCGACCUACUCUGAAUACACUUGGCCGGAUGUUUUUACACUUGUCUCCACUUGUCUGUUUGCUUGUCUCCCUGCUCAGAUACUUUUGGCCAGAUGAUUUUUACACGUGUAUGCCACUUGUUUCCCUGCUUGUCUUCCAGAAGUGAAUUGAUUUCCGAUGAUGGCCCGAUGCCAAGUCAUUAUAGAUAGGUUAAAUUGUACAAGAUUGUACAAGCGUCCAAUUUCCAUAUAUACGGACGGUUAGAAAGAAGACAUUGCACCUGUCUAGUUGCAUAUCUAUACUAUACAAAGGUCAUGGUAUUUCUAUCUUUCGCAGGCUUGGUUUUCAUGCAUCUCAUUUUCACCAAAGCAAGGGAGGCUCCCGGUGUUUCGACCGAGUCUUGGCUCGAGCGGCGCGGAGCCGCUCCGCGGAGCUCCUCCGGAACACGGGGGGCGCCGCUCGCCUGGAGAGUAAGCAUUUCCCAGUGGCCAGGGGCCGCGAGAGCCAUGGAUGGCUUGGCUUUUCUUCAGGAAACUCACCAACAGGUGAGAACUGCUUUACAACCAUUACUUCAACUGGAAAGGACUCUCGGGAAGAUGGCGGAAGCUCAGAGCAAUUCCUCUCCGUGGCAGGCAGACCUUUGGAAAGACGAAGAGGUGGAGUUGAAUGGUCAGGUCGACCUGAAUGGCCAUAACCUGAAUGGCCAGGGCAUGGUGGAGAUGUUUCAGCCCCUCACUAUGGUUCUGAGCGGACAAAGCGACAGCCCCACCAGUCGCAACAGCAGCAAAGAUCCGAUGGUCCGACAGGUUACCCCUUUUGCUGAAGAGGAAGCGGUCCAGGCGUCGGCCUCCAUUUUCAUGGGCAAGUUCCAGGACGUCAUGAGAAUCAGCGAGGCAAGUUCAUUCAGUCCCAGCUCCGAAGCCGUCGCUCCGCGGGUACGAAUACGUGUCAGUGAAGUCUCGCAGACUCUGACCGAUGGCACUGGAAGUGGCCUGGGGCUGAGUCCCACAGCGUCGUCGCCGGCGGAGUUCACGAGGACCAACGUGCACGACGUGUGGCGAGCGGAAUCCGAUGCUUUGCGUGCCAGGAGAAAGACAUCCGAUCGAGGGAACUUGAACAGCAUCAGUAGUCGAAGCUAUUCUCGCCUCACACGUCGACAUGAUCUCAAGAGCCGCCUUCAGGGGGGCUUGUCGGGUUUUGUGAUGAGGC